UGAAGAUAUAAUCGUGAUCUUUAGAUUCCGGAUGUCAACAAGGGGAAAAGGGGUACCUCGCUAAUGCACAGCCCCUGAUUCGUCACUCCCGCUGCCACCACGCCACGUUGAUUGACUCCGCCCCGCGAAAAACUUUAUAAAAGCAAACGAGGCACAACAACGUCACAUCACGCUCUCCAUUCAAUCAGUCAACACCACGAGGCGAUCUCUCUACCAAGAAACGUUUCAACAUUCAUUCACGCCCAGCCCACCUUGCGCAUCUUCACAAAGCCGAACCAAGGAGACAGAAAAGAUGGCCGACGAAUCAAAACCAACCCCAACGUCUCCACCACCAAAGUAUACUGAGACCGCAACCUCGGCCCUGGCACAACACCCUCCUCGACCAACCGUCGAAGACGAAUCCGUUGAAGCCGAGCAAAGCGCUGCUGCAAUCAAACCACUGCUUCCACCGCGAACUGCCACGCAAGCCUCAACCUCUUCACCUUUUCCCCCACGCUCUCCAACGCAGCCCUCAACCUCAGCUUCCGACCACAUGCCACGGAAACCCGUUCCCACAGCCGAUCCACGGGGUCCCCCAAAGCCCAUUGGUUCACUUUUGCAGCAGGCUAAGGGAGCAAUGCCGACGUCGUUUGCGGGAGCAAAGGAUUCAGCGAUGAAGUAUGGCAAAUUCGUCCUCGAUCACGUGAAGAAGGGCGAGAUGCCGUGGACGCAGUGGUACUGUUGUGGUUUGGUAAACGGUGCGGAGUGCGAGACCGAAAAUCAUAGGUUGCAUAAGGAGUGCAAGAAGUGCGGACACCGCGUCUGCGAGAAGUGUGUCAAGGGGACCUUGGGUGGUUAGGGUAAGCAUGGCUGCAUGCGAAGGACAUGAAGGCUUGGAUGGACUGAUGGGGAAGGCAGCUGUAAGGGAGAGAUGAUGUUAUGGGUCAGAGAGAGAGCAUACGGGCAGAAAAUGCAGCACAGUUUGCGUCGCGCACCGGGGAAGGAGACAAAUGAGGUUGUGUUUGUGAUAGAUACCCUUUUCAGCAUUGCAGCAAUACAUGAAGCCGUCAAUAUCUUUCACAACAUGCCACACUAUCCUGGAAG